UGUAGGAGACAUCCAAGAGACGACGUUGACGUUGAACUCAAACCUUGUCCCGCCUCGCCUCGCACAGACCAAGCAAGGCUGAACCCCAAGUCUCAACCCCACCUCCAUCUCUCUGAACAACAACGCUCAUGUCAAACAAUGUCAACUUCUAGCCCAAUAAACCCCUCCUUAUCUUCAACAACACCAACUCUGAUACCCUCCCAACCCCCUCCAUACGCCUCCCAACCCCCAACGCCAGCAUCAACCACCACGCCCUUCUCCUACCCCCGCGAACACUCCUUCCCCCCCUUCUACACGCGCCAACCAACCCUGCAAACCCACCACGCGCAGCUCCAAAAAUGGUCCUCCCUGAUCCUCGCAUACUGCCGAUACAACCGGCUCUUCAAGCUCAGCCUAAUCGACAGCCUGGACUCGCCGCUAUUCUACAACCAGCGGAUACGGAAGCGGUUGGGCAUUAGUGAUGUGAAGGAGGUGGUGGAGUUUAUGCGGCGGGAAGGAAGGGCGGAGUGGGUUGGGAAGGGGGCCGAGAGUGGCGAGUGUUGGGUUUGGUGGCGGACGCCGGAGGAGUGGGCAGGAGGGAUUUAUGAAUGGAUUGAUGAGACAGCGCAGAAGAAUACGGUUUUGACGCUGUAUGAGUUGACGGAGAGCGAGGCUACGUUAUCGCAAGAAUUCCAUGGCAUGGAUCCGGAUUUAUUGCAACGGAUAAUGAACAUUCUUGUCAAGCGAGGAAAGGCUCAAGUCUUUGGGCAGGAGGAUCAGCAGGGUGUAAAAUUUUUCUAG